AUGAAGGCCGGAAUAAACAUAGAUGUACUAGGACUUGCGGUCACGGUCGCACUAGGGCUAGCAGUCACAGUUGCGCUAGGGCUGGCAGUGACGGUAGCACUUGGACUCGCCGUUACAGUCGCACUAGGACUGGCUGUCACGGUUGCGCUAGGACUGGCAGUAACAGUUGCACUGGGGCUGGCAGUCACCGUCGCACUGGGAGUAGCGGUUACGGUUGCACUCGGACUCGCCGUUACAGUGGCAGAAGGACUCGCGGUCACCGUAGCACUUGGCGAGGCAGUGACUGUACCACUGGGGCUGGCAGUCACAGUAGCGCUAGGACUGGCAGUGACGUCGCACUCGGACUCGCUGUCACGGUUGCGCUAG